AUGCAAUCCCCAGCUCUUCAUCCUCCGCUCAUCAAAACCCUUAUGCCCAUCUGGUCUCAUCGGCUCCCUGCAUUGAAAAAUCCGAUUUUGAUGCAGGGAAUACGCUCAAAAAGCCAUCUUGAUGUAAGAUUGAGGAUUUCUAAGUCUCCGGGCAUGAUGGAAUUGGCUGGGGCUGACGCUUUCAAGAGCAGGAAUGGUGUUGAAGGGGGUGGAGUGGGUGAAAUCCCAGGGAACCGACCAUUGAGGUUCCAAUCGAGUAUUAAUCGAAUGAGCAAGUGGUUGGUGGCAGGUGUUUUUGGGCUCAUCGUGCUGUGGAAGCAUGAUGCACCAGCCAUGUGGGCUGCGAUGGGAUCGGUUAUAAAUGCGUGGCUUUCGGUUAGUUUGAAGUGGAUGCUAAAUCAUCCAAGACCUGACUCUGCUUUGAGAUCUGAUCCUGGAAUGCCAUCGUCGCAUGCGCAGUCCAUCUUCUAUUCUGCAUUCGUUGCAGUUCUUUCAUUGGUCAACUGGCUGGGGAUAAAUUUACUCACCGUAACUGUAGGGAUUGUCACCUUGACAACUGCCGGUUAUCUUUCAUGGCUGAGGGUAUCCCAACAACUUCACACUGUCGGCCAAGUCCUAGUUGGUGCUGUGGUGGGAUCCACCUGCAGUAUUACAUGGCUCUGGAUGUGGCAUUCUUUUGUAUUGAAAGCAUUUAUUUCCUCUAUAUUGGUUCGGAUCUUGGUGGUUCUCAGUUCAGUAACAUUCUGCAUGGCCUUCUUGCUUUAUGUAGCUCUGUACUGGCUCAGGGACAAGCAAUAA